AUGAUUACGAACAAACAACUUCAUGUCCUCGGCAAAUUCCUCGAUCGUCCCUUGCAGCUUGUUGGGGAUAAAAAUGACGUUCCUAUUUUAAAAGAGAAUGGCUUGAAUGUUCAAGGUUACAUUUCAAUAGCCAAGCACAUAACAAGAACAUCAAAACAGCAUGCUCUCUUGGGCAAGACACCAACUGAAAAAGCAUUGGUUGAUCAAUGGUUAGAAUAUGUAAGUUUGCACCUACAGGAUAAUUCUGAGACAGCCUCUAACCUUCAGGAGUUGAAUCAAUUUCUGGCUGACAGAGUAUACUUAUUGGGCCAUUUUGUUAGUCUGGCUGACAUGCUUCUCUACUUUACAUUGCAUGAAACAUUUAAUGAACUUACUUUCUGUGACAAAGAAAAAUACAUUCAUGUCUCCCGAUGGUUUGAUAAUAUGCAGUAUCACCACAAUUUUGCAAACAUGUACAAGCUGGUAAAAUUUCACAAGACCCUUUUGUACAGCAGCAGUUGA